CAGUGUUGUGUUAGCAGCGCGGGAAGCCGUUGCCGGUGCGUGACGUCACAAGUGAACGAAAUCAGCGCCGCUAUCGGUUACACUCUCCGCAUCUCUUGUCCUGACCGGAGCAGGAGCGCGCGCAUUUUUCGACUUAAAAGUUUUCGGUUCCAAAACUUUCGGCUCGAAAAUUUUCAGUGAAUGCAUUCUGAAAUUGACUCACACUUUUCCUCCUUACUCGGUCUGGCUGGAAGAGACCUCGUGUUAUUAAAAGCCAGCUUCUGCAAAAUUCUCGAGCAAUAAGUUUGCCAGCUACUUACGCACCACAUGCUGAAUUGCUGAAUCCAGUUUCCUUUCUAUUAUGCACCGAUGUGCGGUAGUGCUCAAAAAAAUGAAACAAUGUUCUAAGUGCCAAAAAAGGAAUUUUGCGUGUCUCGUUGUCCAAAAUCAAUUCGAAAUUGUAAUUUAUCAUCGUUAAUUUCCUUCUUAUCUCGUCUAGUGUCGUAGUAAUGAAAGGUCAGAACGGCAAAUCAAGUAGGGUUGUUCGAAAAAAGUGACAGCAGUUGAAACACGAAUGCCAGAUAUGCGAGGGACGCGCCUAAGUGUUGAACUCAAUAGUCGCACAAAGAAAUGCACGAAAAAGUUGAACGGCGAAGAACAAAUUGUGGGUAGUUACAUUUUUAUACAAAAUAGCUGAUGACACGAGCAUGACGCUCCAUCAAUGUUGGAGAAGGAAAAGAGUGUCCUCGACUCUUUAGGGAUAUUCACCGGCGAUCAAAAAGAAAAUUUCGAGCUCGUGUACAAAAUUCUCCAACCUAUACUUUUGGUUUACUUUGUGCGGUUAAGGGUCGGAUGAUGUAGCUAAAACUGCAGCUAGAGUAUCUCAACUAAUUUGAUCACAGUGACAGUCGUUAUGUUAUCGUACUCGCGGUAGCUGGAACGAACCACAAGCGCAUGUUUUACUAUGUUGUUUCCCCUGGAGUAUUGGAUUUUAAUUGUAAUCCUAACAGCCUCAAACAAUGUGAUUUGUGCCUCGGUGCAGGUGAACGAAAACAAUUUGCGAAACCUCUUGACACGAGAAGAAUGGGAGCAUCUUGUUGGACCUGUCAGUCAUGAAGCGGUCGAUUUAGAGGUCGUGUCAAUUCCAAACUUAACGAAAACUCGUAGAUUACGAAGAUCAGUAAAUUUAGGAACAAUGCGCCUGAAUGCGGCUAAGCUAGGUAGUUCCUUCCAAUUGAACCUGAGACCAACUCCAUACCUUCUAGAUCCUGAUUUCAAAAUGGUGCGGCGAUGGCGGAAUUUCACAGAGGACUUCGUCUCAGAAUCAGCGCGACCAAAUUGCUUUUAUCAAAGUGAGGGGCCAGACAGAGCUGCACUGAGCGUUUGUGACGGUUUGAGAGGAAUCAUCAGUACGCAAAGCUCAAAAUUAUUCACAAUCAAUCCUAUCCCUAAAAGACUGCAAAACAAAGAUGAGAACUCGUCCAUACAGCACAUCAUCACACGACGAGACAUCCGAGAGAUUCCUCACUUUUCUCUCAUGGAGUCCUUCCACAGAAAGACGGUUGCCCGGACGAGCGACAAAACAUCGUUCCUCAGACCGGGGGACAAAUGGGCCACCGGAAGCCCAAAUUCUCGUAUACAAAAUGUCCACAUUCAAGACCGAAAAUUUGCUCAAACCGAUAAUGCGAGUGCGUCGGAUAGUUUCUGCGCCAACAGUUUCUUGAAUUUGGUGAUCGAGAAUGGUUCCAGGAGAGAGAGGUCGGUGCCUCCGCUGGGAUCGUCUGUCCAUGUGGAGACAGCUGUGUUCGUGGAUCGGGAUCUCUAUGAUCACAUGGCCAUAAAUUUUGGAUCGGAUGCCGAGACUGAGAAGGAACUCAUCCGGUUCGUCCUCGCUAUGGUGAAUGCGGUUCAACUUUUAUACCACGAUUCAUCACUGGGUUGGCCUGUGAAUUUUGUGAUGAAACGGCUCGAAAUAUUGUACGCAGACCCAGCAGGCUUAGUUAGAUCUCAUGAUAUAGACACUUACUUGGGAAACUUCUGCGCCUGGCAAAAAAGUGAAAACCCGGUCGGGGAUGCUGAUCCCUUGCACUGGGAUCACGCACUUAUUCUAACAGGCUUAGAUCUUUACGUGCUUAGCAAAAAUGGGAAGCUUAGCAGUCAAGUUGUUGGUCUCGCCCCGGUCGCUGGAAUGUGCACAUUGACAAGCAGCUGCACGGUGAACGAAGGAAGGCAUUUUGAGAGCGUCUACGUUGUGGCCCAUGAGAUCGGUCAUAACUUGGGAAUGCGACAUGACGGACCGAUGGCUAACAACAACUGCGAUCCCGGUAGUUAUUUAAUGUCACCCACCUUAGGUAGCGGGAAGAUCACAUGGUCGACGUGUAGCAGGCACUACUUGCAUCAUUUUUUACAGAGUCCACAGUCACAUUGUCUGAUGGAUCAAAGUAGCAAAAUCGAGCAACUAGAUCAUAGUGGUAAUGGAGCUUUGCCAGGAGAGCGAUUCGAUGCUCAUCAGCAGUGCAUGUUAAAAUACGGGCGUGGUAGUCGCCAUGCUAUGAGCCAGCCUUUAGAUGACAUUUGCCGGGAUUUACACUGCAACAGGGAUCGCUAUACGUGGACCUCUCACCCUGCUCUUGAGGGAACUAUUUGCGGACCUAACAAGUGGUGCAGGAGUGGUCGGUGCGUUGUGAGAGGUCAGAUGGUGGAGGACAUGGGAGUAUCGCGGCCGCACGAGGUGAUCGACGGCGGAUGGAGCGAGUGGUCCGUCUUCUCGGACUGCGCCUCGGCGUGUCUCCACGGCGAGAGUGGCGGAUUGCGGACCGGAAGCAUUGGCGUCAUGGUUUCUGGCAGAAGAUGUAACAACCCCAGACCCGAAAAUGGCGGAGAAGCUUGCCAGGGGAGUGAUAAAAAAUAUAAGACUUGUGAAGCCGAGCAGUGCAGUCAUGUAGCUCGAACAACCGUGCAAGAUUUUGCUGAUCAAAUUUGCUCACGGGCAAAGGAGGUGGACUCAGAACUGAUCGGCACUGGAAUACAGAGGACAAGCUCAGAUGCCGAAGAAGUCUGCACUGUGUGGUGUUACAAGCGUAACGGAGGAUACAAAAGCAGGGGCUGGACAUUUCCGGAUGGUACAGCAUGUUACAUGCGCCGAUCUUCAAAGUCUAUGUACUGCAUCAGCGGCGUUUGUCGUGAAUUCCUGUGCGACAAGUUCGCGACAGAAAACUCCGUCUACUUGCAUUCACCAGAAUUAUGUGUUCAACGGCAACACUUGAUCUCACGAGACAAACGAAGAGAAGUACCGAUCGGCUCCUGGGUUCCAACAACUGAGUGUCACUCUAACUGCAUGGGCCAUGGCUCAGGAAUCACUUUAGUAGAGAAAAAAAUUUGUAAAAUGUGCAAUUCUACGAUUAAUUUACGACUUUGCCGGUACGACGAAACUAAAUGCGGGAAAGUUGUGUCAGUUGCUGACCAUGCCACAAAAAUUUGUACAAAAUACAGCGCCAAAGUUAGGAGACUGUCUGGAUUAGGUAUGCAGAUAUCAGCAGUAUCAGAUGAUCCCGACCGACCAUGCAGGCUUGCAUGUCAAGAUGAGGCUGUAAAACACAGAUUUUAUUUAGUUAAUGGAGAGGAUGGUUGGUUUCCUUUCGGCACCGAUUGUAGUUUGGGAAAUUCUGCGAGAAAAGCAUACUGCAUCAGUGGGAAAUGCCUGGAAUUCGGAGAUGAUGGAAUGCCAUUAUUAGAAUUGGAUGGUCCUAUGCUGAGACUACAUCGAGUUAGGAGAGGAACGUAUCGCAAUCAAACAAGUGAACCUGGUCCAAGAUCUCAUUUAUUCCAUCAUAUCAUUUCAGAAAUACAGAAUUUAGGCAAACUAGACCGGAGAAAGAAGCCAUUACAAUAUUCAAUCGAUUUCAACAACCCUAUUGUUGUGAAACACUCCUACCUUCCAACACAGGAUGAUAGUAACAAAAUUGAAGGAAUACUAAUGAAACUAGUCACAUGAAUUCUGUAAUAACUGCAACUUGUUGGGUAAACAAAAGAAUUGACACACAGGGGAAAAAAAUUCCUUGAUGGAUACCUGAGAAAUCAUGAUGAAUUCCUGGCUGAAAGUCGAACUUUUAUAUCGAGAAAGCUAAACCUAACAGCAGGCUAAAAUUUCCCCAAAACUUUAAGACAAAACUAGUUUAAAAAAAAAAAAAAAAACUACCAUCUUCGUAUUUAUCUUUCUCGACUCAAGUUAAGAUUCCGA